CGAUGUCCAAAGAAUUACUAAAUAGAAAAAAAGAAAAAUGCACAAAUUGCACAUUAAAAGGGUGUUUUUGCAAUUAUCCCUAUUAUUUACCAACCGAGGUGUGUAUUCACAAUACAUCAAAUGAUUGUUGGGUUUCAUUUAAUGAUGGUGUUUACGAUCUCACGGAACUUUGUCAAUUGUGGAAGGGAACAAAAAAUAUUAAACCAAUUUUAGCGCUCGCUGGAAAGGACAUAAGUCAUUGGUUUGAUCGUGAAAAAAAUGACAUUAAACACUAUAUUCAUCCUCUAAAUGGAAAAUUAGUGCCAUAUUGUCCACAUGGACCAAUACCGGAUGUUGAUUCAAUUUCUCAAAUUUCUACGUGGAAAACUGCCAAAAAAAUGCCAUGGUGGAAAAGUGAAAAAUACCGAAUUGGCAAUCUUACAAAAAAUCCAAGACCCUGCAGAAUUAUUAAUGUCCUCACAGGAUGUGAAGCAAUUAUUUCCGUUUGUGAAGAGGAUACAAUACGAAGAAUUCAGAAGCGAUUUUUAAUUUUCAAUUCAAAUAACGAGAGUUACACGUGGACGUACGAAGGAAAACCUGUGGACCUUGAUAAAACUUUAACGGAAAAUGGAAUAUUAGAUGAACGAGAUCGUUUUGUAAAUUGUGGACUUCCGGAAGAUAUUUAUAUUCCAGCUUUAUUGUGUCAUUACAAUGAUGAUCUCACGAUGACGACUUAACUGUAAAAAUUUUGCUAAAAAUGUCCUUUUAAUCUAAAUUCCCCUUUUAAAAGCUUUAUAAUUAAAAAUUUA